AUGAAAACUCAACACCUGGCUGCUCUAAAUAAACAGGAAAAUGAAAUCAAACAGAUUGCCGCAGAAGUGAAUCAGUACAUACUUGAUCUGAAGGAAAUACUCGACUGCAAUGAAGCGUCCUUAACCUUUGCGUACAAAUCCAGAAAUGCAGAGUUCAGACAUUUACCUCCAGACCUCGAUGUAUCAUUACCAGGUUUCUCUCCUCGUCAGAUCAACACAGAAGUGCUCCGUAAAUUGUUAGGUUUUCUGUCACCAUUAUCCAUUACAAUAGAAGAUUGCAUGUACACAUUCAAACCACUGCUUGAUGAACCAGAGCUCAUUGCCACCAUAGACACUGGGUAUGCAAAUCUUAACAGUGUUGCCUGUCUCAGUGAUGAAAAUAUCUGGACAUGUGGUGAUGACAAAAUUAUUAAACUCUACAACUUCCAGGGCAAACUACUGAAGUCAAUCAAAACCAAGUCAAGGAGAUGGCCAGCUGACUUAACAGUGACAAAUUGUGGAGAUCUAGUUUAUACUGAUAGUGAAACAAGAACUGUAAAUGGCCAAAACUAUACAAUACAAAAGAUAUUUCAAUGCUUUCAAGAUGAUAAAAUGUACGAGGCUUUAUUAGCGCAUUGA